GUAUUGUAUCCAUGUUAAUUAAAAAAGAGUUCAAAAUUACCGGUAAGAAGAACAACGGCGAAAGACCAGAUAUUUGAUAGAUAAGCUCUUCUCUUCUACUGCGUUAAAGGUCUCAACUUGCUCAACCCUAACAGUUCAUCUCCUAGCCUAAUGAAUCAGCUUCAACACGACGACUUCAUUCAAUCCCCAAAUCCACCUUCAGAUCCGGGCCUGCCUUCUUCCUCCGCUCGCUCCCAACCCACUUCCAGUAAAAGACCUGAGGGGGAAACCAAGGAUGGCACAGUUGCAAGAAAGCUUCAGAAGGCUGACAGAGAGAAGUUGAGGCGGGAUCGAUUAAACGAGCACUUUAUCGAAUUAGGAAGUGUUUUAGAUCCUGACAGACCAAAAAAUGACAAAGCAACUAUCUUAACCGAUACUAUCCAAUUGCUGAAGGAUUUGACAUCACAGGUUGACAAACUUAAAGCUGAAUAUACUAUGCUAAAUGAAGAAUCUCGCGAGUUGACACAGGAGAAAAAUGAUCUCAGAGAAGAGAAAACCUCUCUCAAGUCUGACAUUGAAAACCUUAACGUUCAGUGUCAGCAAAGAGUGAGAACGAUGUUUCCUUGGGCUGCUAUGGAUCACUCAGUUGUCAUGGCACCAACUUCAUACCCAUAUCCAGUUCCAAUAUCAAUGCCUCAAGGGCCCAUUCCUAUGCAUCCGCAUAUGCAGCCAUAUCCGUAUUAUGGAAAUCAGAAUCCAGGCGUCAUUCCUAACCCCUGUUCAACUUUUGUUCCAUAUAUAACUCCGAGUACCCUGGUUGAGCAGCAGUCUCAACAGUACGUGUCUCCAGUUGUUCAACCAGUCCACCGGUCCAAUGUUUCUGGCAAACAAGAUUCUAGAAAUAAGUCCUCAGGAGAAAGCAAGAUUGAAAAAAGUGAGGAUUCAAGUGAUGUUGCCACAAAUCUGGAGUUGAAGACUCCUGGAUCUGCAACAGAUCAGGAUUCAGGUCAAGGGCAAUCUCAAAGAUAUGUGAGUAAGGAAUGUAAAAUCACUGAAAAAAGCUCUUCAAGUAGAUGUUCUUCUUCUCGAAGCGUGCAAGACAGCUCAUCUAAUAGCAUAGUUAGCAGCAGAAAGCCCGAUAACCAAAAAAAAGAUUGAAGGCAAAGAUUACAACAAAAACAGGUCCACAAUCCACAUAAGCCAUUGACCACAUAUUUGGAGUGAAGAUUCACACCACUCCAUCCACAUCCUUCGUACUCUGGUUUUUUUUUACCUUGUAUCACCACGUGGCAGAAUGAGAAGGAUCCUUACUAUUAUCUUGCUGGAAUGGACGCUUUAGAAAGCAAAGCAGCAAACGACGACGUUUUGUGUGUAAAUCAUAAGCCACCUUCUCGUUAAAGGACAGUGACACCUGCAACCGUGAGCGACUGAAUAUUAUUAUUGCGAGGAAAAUUUAAGCUCCAAGCGCAUUUUAAACGCGUUGAACACUUACCUCAAAAAAUAGAAGUCACCCAUAAAGAUAUUUUCCUUUUAGCAAUACUUUACUCUGAACCCCAAAGUUUUUUCCUUUUUCUAUUUUUUUUAUAGAGGUGAACCUCCGGUUGAUAAGAAUUGAGCGAAAGCUGAUGAUUUUCUUUAAUUUAAAGGAGAAUUAUUUUAUAUUUUUUUAA